UUCACUCUGUCAAUAUCAUUCAGUCCAUCUGUGAAGUCUGAGGGGGAGAAAAAUCCUGUGUCUGGUGAGAUAGAUCAAAAAGGCAGUGACUGGAUAAGUCUUCUCUGCUGAGGUUUGGCAGAAUUGUUGGAUUCAAGUCACAAUCUUUAAGGUGAAAAGGUAAUCACGCAGGAAUGGAGGGUUUCACCGAGCUGCUCCAUAAAUUGCGGGAGGCGCAUGAACGAGAGGUGGAGGGGUGGCAGGUGAGGGUCCAAGAGCUGUCCAAUAAGAAGGGCUGUGAUACAAAGCGAAUGGAGGAGCUGUUCUCUAAAAACCAGCAGAUGAAAGAACAGCAGAGACUGCUCACCGAGAACAUCAAGACACUUGAAAACAGGCUAAGGGCGGGUCUGUGCGACCGAUGUACAGUUACUCAGGAGGUAGCCAAGAGAAGACAGCAGGAGUUUGAAGCAUCACAGAUACAAAAUUUCCAGCACAUCACGAUGCUGGUGGGAGAAUCGAACAACUUGAAAAGGGAGAACAAGAAACUGAGAGAUGAGCUCAGGACUGUGAGAGCAGCAUUCGAUCGAGGCCGCAGUGAGCAUCCUUCAAACAGUGCCACCACCACAGAGGUCAAACCUAACGGCUCUCCUGACCUUUCACCUUCACCUGUAGCCCUUGUCACCACAGCAACCAGCAGAGCCACCAAUCAGCCAGCAGAUGGCGAUAUGUUAAUAAAAAAUGAGUCAAAUCAAAGAGCUGAAGAUGGACUGUCUGAACACAGACAAGUGAGAGGAUGGAGCCGAGGUCACUUUGACUCAUACAAGCCUCUUGCUGUGACAACUCCCAUGUCCGGACCUUGGAGGACAGAACACAUUGUAACUCGUGGUGGAGAGAGAAGAACUCAAAAUGUAGAGGCAUCAGACCAGCGACCCCCCCACCCUUCUCAGUCAUUACUUUUAAAGAACAGUUCUUCCUCAUCUACCACUGGAGAAUUGAACCACAGCAGACAUGUGCUUCAUGCCCCUGUCCCCUGCCGUCCUCAUCCUAUCAAGAGUGGCCCUGUUGCUGUCCCCUGGCAUUUAUCUGAACCCUCUGAUUGGGUUACUUUGACUGUUGUCCCGACUGGCAGUACCACGGGCAGUAUGGUGAUGCCGUCUUCACCCAAAACAAAUGUCCCCCGUUUCCCCAACUUGAUUCCACCUAGCCAACAUGCCAACCCUUCCAACAACAGAAGGCAUGUUUUGGGAACUUCCUGGCCCAAACAGGUGAACUCUCAGCCCCCUGUCAAAGAGCCAGCACUGGUGUUCAGGUUGAAGAGUCUGCUUGAGGAUGGAGAGUGUCAAAACAAAAUCCAGGAGAAAAAGGAAAUGUCAUCCUCUAAGCCUGAGAGGGCCUCUUGGGAAGGGCUCAAAGAAGGGUGUGAGGGGCCUCUGGACCUUUCAGAUCGAGGGAGGACCAAAACCAUCCAUCCGCAAAGGAAUGAUGUGACUCUAGCCUUACAGACAGGACAAAAAGUGGAAGAAGUCCCUGAGAGGGAUAUAAAGACAAACCCUUCAGCAUUUGUACCAGUGACAUCGUCACCUAUUAUCAUUGCCUCGUCUUCCUCUACACCCCAAAACACCCCAUCAGAAGAAGAGGGUUCUAGUGAGCACAAUCACAAGUUAACCAGUGACAAGGAGCAGAAAGAGGAAGUGAAUGGCAAGAUGGACCAAAACAAUGAGAAGAAGGUGCCUGUCCUAACUAUAUCUUUACGACCAGUAGUAGUCCUGGAGAGUCUGAACUCUGCACUGCAAAAGCAGGAAUCCUUAUCAUCAAAUGACAAGUCAUCUUCACCUCCAGCUGAGCCAGGAAGCACCUCAGAGGAUCAGGAUGGGGAUGACAGCGACUCAGGGCAAGAGAGCAAACAGAGCUGCAAGAGGAAGAGGGUGUCUGUGGAGAUCGAUACCGACAGAGACUCCGAAACAGACAGCUUCCGUCGUGACAGAAAGUUCAAGAUCACAGUGCGGCCUGAAGAAAAGACAGGACAACACAAAAAGUCCUAAAUAAAUGUUAUUUUUCAGAGGUUUUGGUAAGCACUAUGCUGAAUAUUAUGGUAGGUUUUUACUUGUACUUUAUAGUUCUUGAUUUUUUUUAUCCUACCAAAUGUUUAUAUUGCAAUAAUAUAGUCAAAGGUCACAAUGUGAGACUCCAGCCCAUAUGUGAGCUGUUUGUCUGAACAUCCUUCUCUAUUACACUCCACCGUGAACAUGUGACUGGUGAUGCAAUCCACGAAAGUUGCACUGUAUACAGUUUGUCUCAGCACAGGCACAGAAGCCUAUAUCUCCUUCAGAACUAGAGUGCAUAAAUGGGUUACCACCAACCUGUCAGAGCACAGAUCGGACAACAGCCGUCUGGGGCUCCCGAUGGUUACACUAGCAAUAUGAGAUUUUGUUUAGGUUUUUUGUUCUGUUUGUUUGCAUGAGUGUUUAUUUUGUUGAAUAGUUCUUUCAAUAAAGUUUU